GAUUCGGGAUCUUCGUGAUUAUCUUUAAGUUUUGGCGUAAUCAUGAUAUACACGGGACUGGACACGGGGCUGGAAAAUGCGCCGGCCCUCGUACAUCCAAGGGCAUCAUCUUUGCCAUGACUUUUGCACAAGGCAUCCCGCUGGAUAGCGCUGCGAUAAUGUCAACAGUACUGGAAGGCAUGUUAUACGGGUUUUCUGUCCUCAUGUUUAUUGGCACCAUGUGGGCACUGACCUACAAGCAUCACAUGCGGGACAGAGUCAAUCGCCCAAUCACUGUUGUGGCCGUCCUGCUGUUGGUGCUGAGUACCGCGCACAUGGUCAUAGAUAUUAUUCGGAUCGAAGACGGAUUGGUGAAAAGCAGGGACACGUUCCCAGGCGGGCCAGAGGCGUACUUCGCAGAAAUUUCCCUUGGAACAUUUGUGGUCAAGAACACAAUAUACAUUUUGCAAACUCUACUUGGCGAUGGGGUGGUGAUUUACCGUUGUUACGUCGUUUGGCAAACCGUCUGGGUUAUCAUCCUACCCAGCAUGCUGUGGUGCAGUGUCGCAGUAACUGGUAUUUAUUCGCUCUACAGUUUUUCGCACACAGCUAGCACCUCCGGAAAUGUCUUUAGCCAAGUGACUCGUGAAUGGAUCUCGGGGUUCUAUGCCUUGACACUUGCAGCUAAUUUGUUGAGUUCUGGAUUACUGGCGUACCGCAUCUGGAAAAUCGAACGCAAUGUCGCCAAUAGUCUUUUGUACUCCAUAGCGCUCCUCUGCACGUUAAUCGGUUCGAUCCGCUCGAACAAUGGAGCACUUGUGAUGAUAGACAUACUCCCACCGAUCAUCUCUAUUGCUUUCUACACGGUAAUCAUUCGAAUCGCAAUCGGUAGAAACAAUCGCAGUCAUGUUUUGACUGUCCGUGGAGGGUCGACCAGUGAGACGAAUCGGGGAAACUUGCAGCAAUAUCCUUUGAAGCCUCUGCAGGUCCAUAUAUCUCAAUUCACGCACAAGGACGAUGCCUCGAUGUACGGUAAUCAGGACCGACCGUCGACAGGCAAGGAGAUAUUUGUGGAAGGGUCAUCUUGCGACGCGUAAUCAGAUGAAUGUAACGACUUGUUGAGAAUUGACUGUAUC